AUGGAAGCGCAGGGUCGUCCACAGGACGACCUGCGGCUGCGGCUUCUGCAGGGGGACGUGUCGCCCAGCGACCAGGAUACCGCACCGACGUCGCUCUCACGGCGAGAAAAGGCAGCGACACGCUUCUGGAGGUCCCUGGCAAAGUACUUCCAGGAGCAUGGCUACAGGCCCGCUGCAUCCGCCUUGGGCUCCGUCGAUCGGCGGCUGACGGUCUCAGGAACUACGGGACCAGCUGCAUAUGCCACGCCCUCUCGCAGAGCCCUGAAGGCAAAUGCUUCUGACCCAACCGACUACCUGCAUGCGGCAGGGUCCAGUGGUGAGGUGCCCUUCCCGACACACGCCGUCGCACCAGGGCAGUUCCGACGCCAUUUCCUGGGAGACCAGGAAUUCCAGGGCGCCGAGAUCAGCUGCCAUGCGCAGCUUGUCGAGUUUGUUCUGGACGUCUCUUUCGACAUCCAGGAGCACUACUGGAGAAUGGCGCAGGCCGAAGUGGAGCUCUUCAAUGCUCCGGCUUCCUCGGAGCCGGAAACGUCCGGAGAGGCGUCACCGGUGACGCCGUUUCGAGCAACGAGACAGUCUUCGGACUUGGCCACCGUGCUGGUGAUCUUGAAGUCUUUUCUCGGCGGCACGCUGCUUGUGGCUCCUGGCGAGUUUCUGCAAGCUGGACUUGUGUCUGGCAAUCUGCUGUUCUGGUUCAUGGGGUUGCUGGAGCUGUGGUGCAUGCGGAAGCUCCUUGCCGCCUACCGCCAGGUUGGCGGCGGCUCUUUUGGUCUCCUCGCCCUCCGGGCCCUGGGCCGGGGAGGAGCCCUGGCCGUCGAGGUGUCCAUCGUGGCUUCACAGCUUGGCUUCAUUGCCACUGAAAUGAUAUACUUUGCCAAGAAUGGUGCACAUGCCACCAAAUGGCUGUUCGAAAAGUAUCUUCCACAAGAGUCGAUGCGCAAGGAUGAUGUGAUUGCCUGGCUGACCUGGGGGCAGCUGCUUCUCGUAGUUCCAGUUGCUUGGCAUCGAGACUUGGCCUCUCUGACGGCCUUCAACUUCGUUGGAAAUACAUUGGUGCUGAGCACCACCAUCUUCCUUGCAGUCUCAGCAGCUGGUGGCCUGGUCAGCUCUGGUGUUGCAGAGGAUCUGCCGUUCUUAUGCCCCGUGCCGCGUGGCCUGGUUUUCCUGGGCUUCUCGGUGUUCACAUUUGAGGGCAUCAACAUGGUCAUUCCAAUGUAUGAGUCGCACCGGGACAAGGCGAGCUUCGAUCGUAUUCUCUCAAGGACACUCGUUGCUGUUAUUGCUAUCUUCGCCACAUUUUCCACCGGGAAUGUGCUCCUCUACGGGGAUGGCCUGCGGCCAAUUUUAACGUUGAAUUUGGCGCAGGACUCACUGGCUUCCACUUGGGUUCCAGUAGCCUUUGCCAUUGCCUCGCUUGCUCUCGUGCCACUGUUGGCACUGCCGACGUUCGACCUUCUGGAGAGUGGUUUGGCGAGGCCCAGCUGCACUGCCAGCCUUGUCUCGAGCCACCUGCGCGUGAACAUCUUCCGAGCCAUGCUGCUGGCUGUUUGCGCAGCAUUGGCUCGUUAUGGUGGACAACACUUGGACGAUUUUCUUUCGUUGGUCGGAGCUGUGGCUUGUGUGCCGCUGGCGCUGAUCUAUCCGGCUGCCAUACACCUUCGCCUUGUUGCCAGCAAUGAAGGUAACCGUCUCGAGGCCUUGGGCGACUAUUUCUGCAUAGUCUUUGGCAUCGCUGUCACGGUACUUUGCACAGUAGAGGUGUUUCACCCGCUGUCCUGA